GUUUGACUACCUGCGGAUGGCAGAGCAACAGCUUCGCCUUCUCGACGGUGAAGGGAAAGAGGCGUUUCUUCAGACGGUAGUGCGUGAAAUACGAAAUCACGAGUUAGAUUGCGUCACGCAGCAACGGUGCUCCCGCAUCGUCGAAUACCUGCUGCGUCAUAUCAACGAGCUAGAGACAUUCAGGCCGCUGUUUGGAUCGUUACUGGGCGUGAAGGACGCGACCACAAAAGCAAAGGAGGCGGGUGAGGAGACGACGGAGCAAGAAGUCCUGGAAAACAAGACGCGAGUGUUUCGCUUGCUAGCGGAAAACCAGUAUAGUUCUCAUGUUCUACAAACGCUCUUCGGCGUUGCGGCAGAGAAAAACUUUCUUUACAACGGCUCUGAUGGUACCCUAAUCUUACUGCGAGAUCUAGGGACGGCGCUCGUAGCUGUGCCCAAAACUACCGCAGAAGAGCAAAACCCGUCAGCAUCUGGGAGUAAUGCCACUGCAGUCCUCGAGAGUGCUUGGAUUCAGAUUUGUCAAGACCGCUCUGGAUCGCAUGUCGGGCGAGCGCUGCUUUUGGCCGUUGGCGGUUUUCUCGUAGAGAAGAAAAUGAAAGCCAACAACAAGGCAAAGAAAGGAAAGAUG